UCCUUCCUCUUCUUCGUCGUCCACAUUUAAAGCAUUUGUUUUCUUUUGAGUUCCUUCAUCCCGUGAACUCCUCAAUUUUCCAUUCAUUUCGCCUGCUUUUCUUUGCUGCUUCUGUGUCAACAAGAGAAACAGUACAACUCCAGAGUCUCUGUACUAAAAGAGGAUCAUGGGUUGCUUUGGCUGUUGUGAAGAAAGUGAUGUUCAUACACAUGCUGACAAUAAAUCCUUCAUGCAAAACAAUUCUGCAGGGAGCACAGGCUAUCCUGGAAGAGAAGCUGUUGCAAGAACCACUCCACCUACUGUACAUUUCCAACCUAUAGCUGUUCCUUCCCUUUCGGUGGAUGAAUUAAAGUCCGUGACAGAUAAUUUUGGCACAAAAUCUUUCAUUGGGGAGGGUGCUUAUGGCAAAGUAUAUCAUGCCAUAUUGAGAAAUGGCCGUGCUGUGGCUAUAAAAAAGUUGGAUUCCAGUAAGCAACCAGAACAAGAGUUUCUUGCACAGGUCUCCAUUGUAUCAAGGUUGAGGCAUGAAAAUGUUAUUGAACUUGUUGGUUAUUGUGUUGAGGGUCCUUUUCGUGCCCUAGCCUAUGAGUAUGCUCCUAAAGGAUCACUUCAUGAUAUCCUACAUGGACGCAAAGGUGAAAGGGGUGCACAUCCUGGUCCAGUUCUAUCUUGGGCACGAAGAGUUAAAAUUGCUGUUGGAGCAGCUAAAGGACUAGAAUAUCUACAUGAAAAAGCGGAAACUCAUAUCAUCCAUCGCUACAUCAAGUCUAGCAAUAUACUGCUUUUUGACGAUGAUGUUUCAAAGAUUGCUGAUUUUGAUUUGUCAAAUCAAGCCCCCGAUGAAGUAGCUCGUGUCCAUUCUACUCGUGUUCUUGGAACCUUUGGUUAUUAUGCUCCAGAAUUUGCAAUGACAGGUGAUCUCACUAUAAAGAGUGACGUUUACAGUUUUGGAGUCAUAUUGUUGGAGCUCUUGACAGGGCGAAAACCUGUUGAUCAUACACUGCCACGAGGGCAACAAAGCCUUGUGACCUGGGCAACACCAAAACUCAGUGAAGAUAAGGUAAAGCAGUGUGUGGAUGCCAGAUUACAGAAUGACUACCCUCCAAAAGCAGUUGCAAAGAUGGCUGCUGUUGCUGCAUUGUGUCUGCAAUAUGAAGCUGGGUUAAGGCCAAAUAUGAGCAUUGUAGUUAAAGCUUUACAACCACUGCUAAAUCCUCGUCCUGCUCAGCCAAAAGAAAAAUAUUGAAUCUCUUGUUUCCCAAAUCCGUCACCAACAUGUUGGCAAAAAAAAAAAAAAAAAAAAAAACCGUCAUCCAUAUACCAAGUGUAAUUUAAGCCUUUGCAGGCUACGUGCAUCUUCUGUAUUAUUUGUGUAAUUUAAUAGUUUGCUCUGUGACAGUACUUAGCUGCAAAUAUGGAAGUUUUUGAGACUGUUGUUUGAUAUUUUGAUAUAAAAAAAAAUGACAGUAAUAGAAUUGUAUGUAUCUUCAGUGACCUUUUUACGGAUUAUGGUACUGUAAUCUGUAAGGGGCAAGAUCCAGUCAUGGUUGAGUUACAGGUUUUGAGUGGUCAAUGGAAAUUUUUUUGUUGGUUUCA